UAUCCAUUCUUAAUUGCUUUGACCAUAAACGGAGCUCCUUUUUUGCAUGAAUUACCUGUCGCAGCUGUGUUUUUAGCUCGCAAUAUUGUGUACAGAGUGGCAUCCUUUCAAAUAUUUCCAAUACUAGAGUGCUUUUUGUGUCUUUAGAUAUUGCAUAGCUUUCUUCAACAUGGACUUGGAGAACACCUUGAUAGCUUUACCCCAGAAGACCAUCUCAGGUACCUGCAGAAUUUGUCUGCAAGAGAGCUUCUUGCCAGAUUCAGACCUCAUAGAGCCUUGUAGUUGUAAAGGCAGUCUUCGGUUUGUUCAUCAGCACUGUCUGGCACAGUGGAUACGCUGUGCUCUGUUGACGAUGAACAACUUGAUGGGUAGAUGUUCUGUCAUCGUUGAAGCCUUAGGUUUUUCUUUUUCUUGUACAGGUCUACGUGUUCACUGUGAACUUUGUGGUACGCCUUAUCGUCUGCAUAAAAUAAGAAGCAGGGCAUUUAUGAGAGCCCUGUUCCUAUUAUUCAUGUUCAUUGUUGCCGUAGUAGGAUUGGGAUACUUAAUGAAAACAGCUUUGUGGCUCUCAGGAAUUGUUCCCGUCACAGCUUCAUUCAUUACAGUUGAUUUCGUGCACCUUUACUUUGGACUAUACUUGCUGUUUUUGGGUUACUGGCUUUAUCAGUGGACUGUUUUUUAUGUAUUGCCCAUACGAUGGACUCCAAACACAAUCCUAUCCACAGAAUGUCCUUGGAAUGAUCAGUAUACCGUAUCCUUAACAUAAAAAAAGCAUUUCUUUUCUUUAUUCAAAAG